AUGGCUACCAGCAACGUUGUUUGUGCUUUAGUUCUUUCCUCUCUGUUCCAUUUUCUUCUUGUUCCUGUAUCAAGUACUCGUGGAGUCAAUGUUCUUAAAAAAUGUGGGUUUAAAGCAAUUUAUCAGCUUGGGGAUUCUAUAGCUGACACUGGCAAUUUGAUUCGCGAAAAUCCUCUUUCUCCAUAUGCUUCAUUUCCUUAUGGUUUGAAACUCUCGAAGCCAACAGGUAGAUGCUCCAAUGGGUUGUUGAUGAUUGAUUACAUUGCACGCUCGGCUAAACUUCCCUCUCCUGGUGCCUACUUGAAUUCGGCAAGAAAAUUUUCCGGUGGCCGCGGUGGAGUGAAUUUUGCAGUUGCUGGUUCAACUGCCUUGCCUGCAGAAGUUUUAUCGUCAAAGAAUAUAAUGAACAUUGUGACAAAUGAAUCUCUUAGCACACAACUUGAGUGGAUGUUCUCCUAUUUUAACACAACAUGUUCCAAAGUUCUUUCCUCUCUGUUCCAUUUUCUUCUUGUUCCUGUAUCAAGUACUCGUGGAGUCAAUGUUCUUAAAAAAUGUGGGUUUAAAGCAAUUUAUCAGCUUGGGGAUUCUAUAGCUGACACUGGCAAUUUGAUUCGCGAAAAUCCUCUUUCUCCAUAUGCUUCAUUUCCUUAUGGUUUGAAACUCUCGAAGCCAACAGGUAGAUGCUCCAAUGGGUUGUUGAUGAUUGAUUACAUUGCACGCUCGGCUAAACUUCCCUCUCCUGGUGCCUACUUGAAUUCGGCAAGAAAAUUUUCCGGUGGCCGCGGUGGAGUGAAUUUUGCAGUUGCUGGUUCAACUGCCUUGCCUGCAGAAGUUUUAUCGUCAAAGAAUAUAAUGAACAUUGUGACAAAUGAAUCUCUUAGCACACAACUUGAGUGGAUGUUCUCCUAUUUUAACACAACAUGUUCCAAAGAUUGUGCUAAAGAAAUCAAAUCAUCUCUCUUCAUGGUUGGGGAGAUUGGAGGCAAUGACUAUAACUAUGCUUUCUUGUUUAACAAAACCACUGAAGAACUAAAUGCGUUGGUUCCUGAAGUUGUCAGAGCUAUAAAGGAUGCUGUUGCGAAAGCCAUUGGUCGCGGUGCUAGACGAGUGGUUGUCCCUGGAAACUUCCCGAUAGGUUGCUUCCCGGUUUAUCUUAGCCAAUUCCAGCCCAAUGAUGCUGCUGCUUAUGAUGAGUUCCACUGCCUCAAGGGGUUAAACUCUUUCGCAAGUUAUCACAAUGAGCUUCUCAAGCAAACCGUUGAGGGAUUGAAAAGAAAUUACCCUGAUGUGAUCAUAGUUUACGGCGACUAUUACAAAGCAUUCAUGUCGAUCUAUCAGAACGCUCGGUCUCUUGGUUUUGAUACGAAGUCGAUGCAAAAAGCUUGCUGCGGGACUGGUGGUGAUCAUAAUUUUAGCCUGAUGAGAAUGUGUGGAGAUCCUGACGUUCCGGUUUGUCCAAAGCCUGAUCAAUACAUCAGCUGGGAUGGAGUUCAUUUGACACAAAAGGCUUAUCAACACAUGGCAGAAUGGCUUAUCAACGAUAUCUUUCCAAAGCUUCAAUGCAGUGCUUGA